UGCGCACUAACAGCCACUCCUCCCACUUAUUUAAGGCAUCUGGGCUGUUUUCCAGCUGAGUAACUUUAGCAGAUAAAGCUCCGAGCAGCAGCUGCAGGCAGGCGCUGCAGUGAGGGCGCAGCACCGCCCGGCUCACGGAUAAAACAUUAAAAACUAAAGCUGAGUAAAGCCCUGCUGGCCGGACGCGCAUCUCGGCUGGACUUCUGCCUGUGUUUCGGUGGGCGUUUCUACCUCCGGCUGCAGAAUGUGGGGCAUUUGCAGCAGAUCUGCGGUGGGGACGAUGAAGCCCUGCAGUUUGGUGAAGGCCAGUUUCUUGGUCAAACCAGUAUCGGCCACUCGGGUCUCCGGCCGAUACCUGACCCACCAGAAGGGGCUGCCCUGCCUGCCCGUCCCCCCUCUGCAGCAGACCUGUGAGCGAUACCUCACCGCCCUGGAGCCCAUCGUGGAGGUGGACGAGCUGAAGCACACUAAAGGGCUGCUGGAGGAGUUUCAGCGAGCCGGGGGGCUCGGAGAGAGGCUGCAGAGGGGCCUGGAGAAGAGGGCGUCCAAAACUGAGAACUGGCUGUCACAGUGGUGGGUUCAGGUCGCUUAUCUCGACUAUCGGAUGCCCGUGAUCGUCCAUUCGAGUCCCGGGUUGGUUUUGCCUCACAUGAACUUCAGUGAUAAGAGAGGACAAAUAAGGUUUGCAGCCAAACUCAUAGCAGGUGUGUUGGACUUUAAGACCAUGAUUGAUAAUGAAACUCUUCCAGUCGAGUACCUGGGAGGGAAACCUCUCUGCAUGAAUCAGUACUACGAGGUCCUGUCGUCCUGCCGGAUCCCCGGCCUGAAGAGGGACUCGGUGGUGAACCACGCCAAGAGCUCGCGGCCCCCCAAACACAUCACCGUAGUGCACAACUUCCAGUUCUUCAUGCUAGACGUGUACAGCAGCGACGGGACUCCGCUGACUUCAGAUCAGCUCUGCGUGCAGCUGGAGAGGAUCUGCAACGUCUCAGCGGAGUCCAGCUUGGAGCCGGUCGGCAUCCUCACCACGCAGCACCGGGACUCGUGGGCCAAAGCUUACCUCAACCUCACCAAAGAUGAAACCAACAAAGAGUCGGUGUUGGCGAUCCAGAGGAGCAUCUUCACGCUGUGUCUAGAUGGAGCGAUGCCUCGGGUGUCUAGUGAGAUGUACCGCAGCUGUGCCGCCGUCCAGAUGCUGCAUGGAGGAGGCAGCCAGUGGAACAGCGGGAACCGCUGGUUCGACAAGACGCUGCAGUUUGUUGUUGGAGAGGACGGGACAUGUGGAGCAAACUACGAGCACGCUCCAGCUGAAGGCCCCCCCAUCGUGGCCCUGAUCGACCACGUUGUAGAGUACACGAGGAAGCCGGAGAUGGUGCGGUCUCCCAUGGUGCCUUUACCCAUGCCACAGAAACUACACUUCUCCAUCACACCUGAGAUCAGGAAGGACAUCGAGGAGGCCAAGAGCAGCAUGAACACACUGGCCCAGGAUUUGGACAUGAGGGUGAUGGUUUUUGACCACUUUGGUAAAAACGUCCCAAAAGCCCACAAGAUGAGUCCCGACGCCUUCAUCCAGAUGGCACUGCAGCUGGCCUACUACAGGAUGUACCAGCACUGCUGUGCCACAUAUGAAAGCGCCUCGCUGCGGAUGUUCAGGCUCGGCCGCACAGAUACGAUCCGAUCCGCCUCGCGUGCCUCGGCCGCCUUCGUCAGAGCCUUCGACGACUCCAGCAAACAGAACUCAGAAAAAGUGGAUCUAAUGGAGAAAGCUGUAAAAGCUCACAGGUCGUACACGAACGUGGCGAUCAGCGGCCAGGCCAUAGACCGACACCUGCUGGGCCUGAAGAUGCAGGCCGUGGAGGAGAAGCUCCCCGUCCCCGACGUCUUCAAAGACGCCGCCUACGCUAAAGCCUUACACUACCGCCUGUCUACCAGCCAGGUCCCGUCCAAGACCGACUGCGUCAUGUGCUUCGGCCCGGUCGUGCCAAACGGGUACGGCGUGUGCUACAACCCCAUGAACGACCACAUCAACUUCGCUGUGUCGGCUUUCAACAGCUGCAAAGAAACAAACGCGGCACAGCUGGCGCGGGCCGUGGCGGACGCGCUGCUGGACAUGAGGACGCUGCUGGAGCGAACGCCGAGAGCCAAACUGUGAGAACGUUCCUGUAGAUGGAGGGAACGAUCGUGCACUUUAAAUGAGACUGAAUCACGGGAGCUGCCGGUCCUCCCAUCACACGUAGACCUUCAAAUGAUGUCACUGAGAAAUCACAGCAGGGAAAUUUAAAUGUUUGUAAAAUAUCCAGUUAGAACCAUCAAUCACAUGAUCACCUGAUCAGACCCAAAACCACCAAACGUGUGAUCACUUUGACAAAAUUAGAAAGCUUUGGGUUGUUGGUCCAACAAAAACAUUUCUGAUUAAAACAUUAAUGAUGAGAAUAAUCGGCAGGUCGUUUCCUAAUGAGAAUAUUUAUCUGCAGCCAGCAGCCUGGUUUUAAUUGUGUGCCUUAGACCUCAGUUAUGUUUUAUUAAAAGCUGCUCUGAGUGAUGUUUGUUUGCUUUUUAGUCUUUGAAACUAUAAAAAUAGAGCAAAAAUAAUACUUGGAUUAAUUUAUAAUUUAAAUCAUGGCCAAUGAGGUUUGGACUGAGCCCGUCAGAGGAGAUCAGUCAGAGUUCCAGUUGGCCUUCAAAAUAAAAGUAUACGAUUUUUAACUGGUCUCAGUGGCACUGAAAGCCCAAAUCAUUCAAAUACAAUCAAACACUACAUAAAGUUGCAUUAAUCUGAUUGUCUCACCCUUCUGAGAGUAAUUAGAGGUGGUGGCUGUUGGGAAAUCUCCUGUAGGGAGCACUAUUCAGGCUGCUUUAGCCUGCUGCAAGCCGCUUUGCAACCCUGCCUCACCCUGGCUGGAGCUUCAAGUUCUCGUAACUCGAGUUUCGUGAUUCUUGUGCUGCAGCCAACCGGCCAUCGGUUUGCUGAAGUGCACCAAUGACAAAUGUGUGAACCCGUUUCUGGACCAGAGGUCACCACAAUCAAAGUUCACAAAUGGCCUUAAAUGGGUUUAAGAGUUUUUAUAUUUUAAUGUAAUGUUUGUUGUUCUGCAUCGUUUUAAAGAUCAUCACGAGAACUAAAGCAGGCGGUGCUUUCACAUUUGACUGACAGACGUCUGUUGGCCAGUUUUAAUGAUGGAUUCAAUUAUUGUGAAUGUAGAAAAUAAGAAUUUAAAUUUGAUUAAAUUAAUUUUCAAAACACUUCUUUCUUUUUGCGUAUAUAAACUUUAUUCUUACCAUAUCUCUCUCUCUCUCACACACACACACACACCCACACAUCCUGAGUGAUGCUUUCCUUUCUCAGGAGUUUCUUAGUCUGGUGUAAAUGAAAUAAAACACAUGAGGUCAUUAUCCACAGAUUUUCCCCUCACUGUCACUCAUAAAUGACUGAAGUGUGUGUGUGUGUGUGUAAAUAUAAACAACACUGUACAUUAAAGGGCUGCCUGUUGUGUUUCCAUCUCAUUUCACUCUACAGCUAACAGGACAGGUAUGGAGGCCAAACCAUGACGACAAUAAACAAGCACCACAUUAAAUGCUUGAAAACAGCAUUUUCUACAUUUCACUGUAUCAGCCUUAGUUCUGUAUUUCUACAUUUAUUGUGUAUUUCUGUGGUGUAAUCUGAGUCAGGACUUUGUACA